AUGGGUGUGAAGGAGGAGGCCCAGGACAGGAUCCAGAUUGUCCAUCAAACACUGCAUCACCUCCGCAGGAUCUACAGCAUGAAGCUGAGCUCAGUAACGUGGGUCCAGGCCACAGUGGAACAUUUCACACUUCUCUUGGAUCGGCAGCUCGGAGAGCUGGAAGUCUGUGUCAGGAAAGCAAGCCCAGGGUCCAGGGCAAGGAAGAAUGCCACAGUUCUUAAAUAUUUUAAGGAUCUGACAAUGUUUCUGAAAAAGAAGGGAUUCAGUGACUGUGCCUGGGAAAUAACUUACACUGAGACCAGGGCACAUUUACAACAGCUCAUUCUCAUCAUGGCAACAAUCAGCAAGGAAUACUGA